AUGCGUGCUUCCAUAGCCAUCAUUGCCACUCUCACCAGCCAGAUUGUGCACGCGCAAUCUGGAAUGGACAUGUUUCCUGGUAGCAUGGCCUUUGGUAGCAUGGUGACAUGCCAAAAUGGUUACGUGCCCUCUCUGACGUGCGAAAACCCGGUUCCAGAGACUUGCGCUUGCACUUGUAGUGACGGAAUGACAUUCAACCAGCCCCGUCCUCCCGUAGUAGACCCUGUGCCUCCACCAGUAGAACCACCACACCAACUUGUCGACAAACCCUGCACUACUGAAAUCAUCCAACCAUGGAGGGAAAUCCAACUACCUCAUGUGAAAAACUCGUACGAGCCCUCUCAAAUGUUUGAGCACGAGGUCGAAGUAGCUGAGGGAAGUGUGUUCGUGGUAGCUGAUUCAGCUGGGAGGUGUCAACACUUUGAGGUGUUUGUGGAUGGAGUAUCUAUUGGGGAGACAGAUGGACCAGGGGAACUUGACAAUUUUAGAUGUGGAACACCGGAAGAAUGCAUGGAAAAACACGGGGGUAGUAAAGGGUACUUUACGCUUCCUGGAGGUAAGUUCAAAACCCAAUACUCGCUGUGUUCAGACCACAUCCGAAAUACAUGGCUCACAAAGGAGAUAGGAAAACAUACUAUCGGUCUCAGGUGGAUCAGGAUUUCGGAAAAAUGCAAACACAUUACAAAUGGUGUUGGCUCAUACCAGAUCUACAAGCCAUGCUGA